GAACUGUUUGGAUCAUUGCUCUACGUUGUCGUGAAAUGUAGCCUUUGAGUUAGUAAUCAUCUUCAUUUUUCAUAUCUAAUGAACGAUACGACUGUAUAUUAAUCUCCAAGUCGACGCUUUUAGGCUGCUUUGUUGCUAACGAUUGUAACUGCGUGGCAGUUUUUUGUGACUCCUUGUGUUUCGAAAUUGCAAGAUAUAUAAUAUUACACGUAGGGGACGCCAGAAUGCUGCUCAGGUCGAUGCUCAGAGCUGUGACGGUCACUGCAGUGUUCAGACUAUGCGCUGGCCAUAACGAGACUAAGAAAGAUGACCAAGACGAUUCCGCUGACGGUCUGCUUCUUCCUGUGCUGGGAGCCCUCCUUGGUGUAUCAGCCAUCGUCAAUGCGAUCUUUCUGCUCAUCCUGUGCAUCAAGUGGAAGCGAGCCAAGCGGAAGCCAAGCUUAGCUUCCCAGGAAGGUAAUGCACUGGGCACGGCAGAUGGCUAUUCAGGGGUCUGCCUCUCACAGCUUCAAGGCAUGGAGAACAGCGAGGAACAGUCUAUGAAACCGCAGCAACAGCAGCAGUCCAGUCGGAACAGUGGCGAGACAAGCACGGAUCUUGAUGAAUUCAUAAGCCAGUCAGCAGAAAUGCCCGCAGACUCAGUGCUUCAGCCUGAGCAAAGUGCGGUCGAGUUCAAAUUUGACGUGGCAGAGUAUUCCGCACCGCCGCAUGCAUCGCCAACACCUGCAAGAAAGGGGAGUUGCUAUUCACCGCCUAGGUACGACACGCCUCGAAGCGCCAGAGCACUUGCGGAUCUCAAGAAGCAUGCAAGUCAGCCAAGAAUGUCUCCCGGUAAAAAGCCUGCACUCAAGCCAAGACCACGCAUGUCUUUUUCCAUCUCAACGCCCAAUCUGAACGGCGAAUUGUCCCCUGUUAUUUCUUCGUCGUCAUCGCGCCUACCUAAAGCCUCCGAAGGAAAUUCACAAUUCAAAGACGAACGACGAUUCGCCUUUGCGCACAAGGUGCAGGAUGGUAAAGGAACCCCACGAAGCCGUGCCUUUUACAAAUCACCUGAACCCCCACACUCACCACCAUCAAUGCCACCUCCAGACAUCAACAGCUUAAACCAAUCGCGAGGUCGAUCACCGCGGAAAGCUCAUGGUACAACUAAAGCUAAAGUUGCUGCAAAGAAUUUUUCUGGCAGAGGUGCGGCAAUGUCUACGGACCAAGAGGACUACGUGGACAUGGAUUCAAAUCCGCGCAUUUACAUUCGAAGCGACUCUCUAGCGUCCUAUGUGUCCAUGCAUUCCUAUUCACAGCAAAACUUCAUGGAGCCCUCGUCUAUGGCAAAUCACGCGCAGGCCUCUUUCAGAUGUCUACCCGACCCGCUGGCUGAUGAACAGCAUACUGAAUCGCAACACUCAAGCGACGAUUCAGAUGAUAACUCAUAUGCAGUCCCUAGGCCAGCGACUAAGGUACCCCGACAAAAACACAACGGAUGAACCAACCAAGUCUUUAACGAGUACUCGUAAUGGGAGCAUGGGGAAUAAUGCGUGUUAUGACAUGCUCUGGACAAGUAUGACGCGCCUGGCAUAAAAUUCGAAGAAGGAGCUGAAAUCAAAUUAUUUUUUAUAACUCGGGGUCGCUAGAUUAUGAGAUAACAUGCCUUUACUAGCCCAUCUGAUGGUGAAUCCAGUCUGUUUGAGAUUCUAAACAUGCAUUUUAGUCCUGUAACGUUAGUCCUCUACGCUAUAAUCCUGUCUCCUCUCUUGCAUGCUUGGCCUUGAAUUUUAUCCAGUUGUUCGUUCACUGGCAAUCCCUUUUUGCUCAAUAGUUCUGUACAAGCGAGAUUCUGCCCCCCCCCAAAAACACUCUUGAGUUUCCAGGUGCCACACCACUUUCGUUAGAACAACCUAAAGCUUUCAUAGAAAAUUCCUUGAUGGUGAAACACUAAAGUCCGCAAACACAAAUACUGGUAACGAAUAAAUAAACAAACAGCGACAUUUGACUUCAAUACUGGACCAGACAGUCUCUGAUAUAACCCGCCACUGACUGAAGGCUGGCAGUGUCGUGUUCUUUCCUUCUUCUGUCGCUCAUACGUGUAUUCAAUUGCAAUCAUUGUGUAAGGUUUUGUGCUUGUUCGCUGCAUUCGUUGCUCCAUUCUUCCAUCCCAAUGGUUCUUUCGAUGCUUUUGCAACUAUUGUUGCUGCACCUGUUCUUUGGACUGCAACAGGAGCCAAUGCCAUGGAGGUGUCCGGUCGAAAAAAUCUCUUGUAUAUAUACAGUUCCAUUCGCCACUCUAUCUAUUCUCCAAUCAAAUGUCGUCGUUGCUAUAAUAAUUACGGUUCAAUAUUGGAUUAAUAGCACAUGUACAUGUACAUUCAUA